UUGAUGUAAAUAUACAUUGACUGCAGAUUUGAUGAUUUUAUGUUCAAAAUGUGUUCCUCAUCUAUCAUGAUUUUUUUUCUCAUCACAGUUAAUUCGAUGUCGUUAGUAGAAUCUACUUCAUUAGCUACAGGGAUGACAUGUUCUUCUGAUGAGUUCAGGUGUGACUCUGGCCAGUGUGUUCAUAUAAAAUGGAGAUGUGACAGAGAGAGAGAUUGUUCUGACGGCUCGGAUGAACUCAAGUGCAAUUAUAAUCCAACAUGUGAUAAAGAUCAAAAACGAUGUUUUAACGGUAAAUGUAUGCCAUCAAAAUGGUUUUGUGAUGGUGAAGAUGAUUGUGGUGAUGGAAGCGAUGAACAGAACUGUCCAUCCACAUGCCCUGUCGAACAGUUUAAAUGUACAAAUGGAAAGUGUAUACACAUUACAUGGCGAUGCGAUGGAGAUGGAGAUUGCGAUGACCACAGUGAUGAAGAAAGCUGUGAAACAGUUUCUCCAAAAUACUUCUGUAAGGAGACAGAAUGGCAAUGUAAUCACAAAAAGCAGUGCAUUCUUGCGAAUUGGAGAUGUGAUGGCGAAGCAGAUUGUUUUGAUGGUUCUGAUGAGGUUAACUGUACACACACAUGUGGUGGUGACCAGUUUCAGUGUGAUAAUAAUCAAUGUAUAGCAAACACAUCAAAAUGUGAUGGUCUCCAAGACUGUACAGACAGUUCCGAUGAGUCAAAUUGUAGUACAUCUAAUUCAUGUACGAUAACAAAUGGGGGAUGUGAUCAUAUUUGUAAUGAAAAUGGUGAAUCAAAGGAUCUUUGUUCAUGUAGAAAAGGAUACAAACUUGAAGAAAAGACCAGAUGUGUUAAUAUUGACGAAUGUACAGUUAGCAGUGCUCCCAUUUGUUCACAAUUAUGUAUUGAUAAACAGGGAACUUAUGAAUGUGAAUGUAUUGAAGGCUAUAAUACGAGCGUCGUAGCCGGUGAUGUAGCUGGUGCAACAACAUGUAAAGUGAAUGGUCCAAGACCGUGGUUAUUGCUCGCAAAUAGAUUCGAUAUAAGAAAGUUUGAAGUUGGUACUUGGUUCCAAGAAACGUUGGUGGAUGGACUAUUCAAUGCUGUUUCUGUUGAUUUUUACAGAGAUAAAUAUGUAUAUUGGUCCGAUGUGUCAAUACAACAAAUAGCUAGAUCUGAAAUAAAGAAUGGUAUUAUGAGCAAGAAACAAGUAAUUGUAAAUGAGGAUAUAAAAACACCUGAUGGUAUUGCUAUAGAUUGGAUCCAUGACCAUUUGUACUGGACAGACACGGGAAUAGAUACUAUUCAAGUAUCCAAUCUCGAAGGCGAUAAAAAGGCAACAAUAGUUGAUAAUGAUCUAGAUGAACCAAGAGGAAUCGCUUUAGAUCCAAUACAUGGAUAUUUUUACAUGACGGACUGGGGAAAAGACCCAAAGAUAGAAAGAAUCGGUAUGGAUGGAUCAAACAGAAAGAUAAUUACAAAUGAUGUGGCAUGGCCUAACGCUAUAACUAUUGAUUACAUUGAUAGUAGAAUUUUUUGGAUUGAUGCUAAACUACAUACCAUCAUGUCUGCUGAUUUGGAUGGUUCCAGAAUCCGUACCGUAUUACAUAAUACUGCACAGAUAUCUAUUCCAUUUUCUAUGGCUGUAUUUGAGGAUAAUAUCUUUUGGACAGACUGGUCAGGAGAAGAUAUUUGUAUGGCUCAUAAAUAUACAGGAAAACACUACCAAAAAACCGUACUAGGUCUUAAUUCACCAAUGGGUAUCAAAGUGUAUCAUGAAUCUCUACAAAAUGCGGGACACAAUGUAUGUGAUGAUAAUAAGGUGAACUGUGAAUACUUUUGUUUACCAAAACCACGUGUACUAUCAGACAAUUCAACGUCAUUGUCGUAUACAUGUGUGUGUCCAGAUAGCAAGACAAUAUCACACAACGGUCACACAUGCGUUCCUGAAGAUAUGGAUACAACUGAAGUGGCGACAAUGACAACAUCAGAGAGAACUGUAACCGGUAACACAAACAUACUAACUACAAAAUCAUCGGCUGAAUCCCAACCAUCAUCCAUGACGACACUUAGAGCUGAAAAAAGUAAAAUAUCAUUAUAA